AUGUCUGGAUAUCGAGUCCUUUGGAAUACUGUUUCUCAUACAGCUAAGCUGUCGACUGUUUUGCAGAUUCUCCUCUUCCUUCCCUUGACGCUGGCCACGCUUUCUCAACCUGCAUUUUUAUUGUUAUCACUGCUACUGUCGCUUCAUUCCGUCAUACAUGGCACCCUCAUACUACUAUGGGGUUCACCCGCACUCUCAGUCAUGCAGGUUCCCAUGCACCCGUUCGUGUUACUGGUCUGCUUCAAUGUGUUCUCGACUGCCGUUCAUCCUUGGCUGUUCACUGCAACCCAGUGGUGGGGGCAGUUAUUGAAGUUCUCCGGACCGUUCUUCAUUGUGUUGGAAGGUCUAUCGAGCCUAUUGGUCGCUCAGAAGCUUGGACAAGAGGGAAAGAGAUUGGUUGAAAGAGGCGAGGUUUAUCAGUUUGGAUUUUUGAUUUCAUCCGCCGCUACCUACGUUGGCUGUGCGUGGUGGAUUGUUGUGACAUACCCAGAUGCGGCUUCCUCUCCCCUGUCAUCCACAUUUCUAGGCGUGGCGUUGACUGCUCUGGUUUUCUUGACCUUCAUCGGGUUUUACCUGCGAAGAACCAAUAUAAUCGAAUCCUCCGCCCUCUCUCUCUUCAUCGCGUACAACGUAUGGCUUUGUGGGUUCGACCAACAAUCCUUUCUAGAUCUUGCCUCGGCAUAUAUGCCCCUUUUACCGAACGUCCUGCCUCAUUUCGAAGCACUGUUGAAUUUUGUAACAAAUACAUUACCCAAACCUGUUCUUAUUGCCCUCUUGUACCGCCUCACUAUUCUCCAUCUCGCAUCCCGAAUACUGCCCAACAUAGGUGCCGAUAGCUGGGAAAAGGAGGAUGGCGUAGACGAUGGAUGGGAAGGCAGGCCUACCUCAACCCUCACUCGUAUAGUCUUGACUUAUCGACAACUGUUAUUUGUCAUGGUGUACUCUCAUCUUUUGUUACUCGACUAUUCUUCCCAGAUAUGGUGGAGAUGGAUUAACAUUUUCUUUACCUUGACGAUGUGGGGUGUGGAACUACUCGUCAGUCCAGAUGACGACUUGGUUAGUAAAGAAUGGAAAGUGGAUUGA